GUACUUUUUAAGCGUGUGAGAAUCCUGGGAGUUGGUGAUGUCAGACCGAUUGGGUCGUUUGAAGGUUAGCAGCCUGGGAAGGGUUCAUACAAAGUUCAUUCGCAUAUAUUAGGCAAUUCAAUCUUUCAUUUUGUAUGACACAAGUAGUAGGAAGUGAGCUGUUUGGAGGUAGAAUGGUCUAUUUGUGGAAGUAGGGGAAUCGUAGAUUGUAGUAGAGGUCUUUUUGGCAUAUGCAGCUCUGAUGUCUGCGCAUAGGAUUAUAAUGAUCAUGCGCUGAUAUUUCCACUUGGAACAUUACGCGGUGGAGCAGGGCGAAGGCUAACUUGCUAUAGACUAGGAUCUUAAAUACUUUUUUCCACCCCUGUGUGCUUGUAUUGCACUAGCCUGCCUGGAAAAUGGUAAAUGAUCAUUUGGAUCAAUUACAAGCUUUUAGCUGUGUUGUCUGACAUAAUUCAUGAUUCUGAUCUGGGAAAAAGACCAAGAGCCAACGUGCCAAAAAAGGGGGGCAGAGUUACAUGGAGUUGUGUGGACUUUUCCUCUAUGCCAUUGCCCUGCACACCUAGAAGAGCAUCACUUUCUGCAGGCAACCUGCUGCAGGAGGCACAUAUCAUGUUUGACUGUAUGGAUAUUCUAGCCGUGAGCCCUGGGCACAUGCUGGAUUUCUACACGGCGAGUCCAUCCUCCUGCAUGUUGCAGGAAAAAGCCCUCAAAGCUUGCUUCAGCGGACUAGCACCGACAGAGUGGCAGCAACACCAGCACAGCACUCAAUCAGUUGAAACACAGAGCACUAGUUCUGAAGAACUUGUCCCAAGUCCUCCGUCUCCCCCACCUCCGCCACGUGUUUACAAGCCCUGCUUUGUUUGUCAAGACAAGUCAUCUGGGUAUCACUAUGGAGUCAGCGCUUGUGAGGGGUGUAAGGGCUUUUUCCGCAGGAGUAUUCAGAAGAACAUGGUCUACACUUGUCACAGAGAAAAGAACUGUGUUAUUAAUAAGGUUACCAGAAAUCGUUGUCAGUACUGCAGACUACAGAAAUGUUUUGAAGUUGGCAUGUCUAAAGAAUCAGUCAGAAAUGACAGAAAUAAAAAGAAAAAAGAUACCCUAAAACAAGAAAUCACAGAAAGCUAUGAAAUGACAGCAGAGCUUGAUGGCCUUAUAGAGAAAAUUCGCAAGGCUCAUCAGGAGACAUUCCCUUCCCUCUGUCAACUGGGCAAAUACACAACAAAUUCCAGUGCAGAUCACCGAGUUCGGCUAGAUCUGGGACUUUGGGAUAAAUUCAGUGAACUGGCCACAAAGUGCAUUAUUAAAAUAGUAGAAUUUGCGAAGAAGUGUCCUGGCUUCACAAGCUUGACCAUCGCCGACCAAAUCACACUACUAAAAGCUGCAUGCCUGGAUAUUCUGAUUCUCAGAAUUUGCACCAGAUAUACACCAGAGCAAGACACAAUGACUUUCUCUGAUGGCCUUACCUUAAAUAGGACGCAGAUGCACAACGCAGGAUUUGGCCCUCUCACAGACCUUGUGUUCACGUUUGCAAGUCAGCUUCUGCCUUUGGAGAUGGAUGACACAGAAACAGGCCUAUUAAGUGGUAUAUGUCUGAUCUGUGGAGAUCGCCAAGACCUUGAAGAACCAACAAAGGUCGACAAACUUCAAGAACCACUUCUGGAAGCACUAAAAAUUUAUAUCAGAAAACGUCGACCCAGUAAGCCUCAUAUGUUUCCAAAGAUAUUAAUGAAAAUUGCAGAUUUGCGCAGCAUCAGUGCAAAAGGUGCAGAACGGGUAAUUACACUAAAAAUGGAAAUACCAGGAUCUAUGCCACCACUUAUCCAGGAAAUGUUGGAAAACUCAGAAGGACAUGAUCCUCAUGCUGCAGGGCCUAGUUCAAGCACAGCAGAGCACAGCCCCAGCAUUUCACCAGCCUCAGAGGACAGUAGCAGUGUCUGUCAGUCCCCGCUGAAUUAGUGAGACUUUUGUGGCAUCAAGAAUUUCCACUUCAGGGAUGAAACAGCAGAACGCAUUUAAAAUGCUUCACAUUUUUUUCUGAAUACACUUAAACCUAAAAGGACCAAGACUUUUUGAGUGUAUUCCUCAAGGAUUAAACUUAAUGUAUGUGGAACUGAGAAGAGGAGAGAAAAUGUAUGCUGAAUAAUUCAGUCUGACUGCAAAACAAAGGAUAGUAAUGCUUAAAAUCUCCAAGACUACAGUAUGUGAACCUUAUGUCUACAUAGCAGGUCAUGUACGCAUAGAGUGGGGGCCUUGGGACAACUCCAUGUUAUCUCUGCACUGAAAGUUUGGUGCUCUCCUGUUAUCCCAUGGGAAUGGCAAGAUAUAAACCAGAGACUGACAAACACAUCCAGUUCAAUCUGUUAGCUGUUUUAUUUCAGUACUGUUGGGCUGUGUGUGUAUUUUAAAUACUUCAUCUGUUGUUCUGUACAAGUGCAUAAAAAUCUCCAUGCACUACAGGUAGAUAUUUUGCAUUUUCACUGUUUGCAUAACUGCAAAAUUCUGGUAAGUGGGCAUCACUUAUUUCAGUCUAAUUAAUGUUGUGAAAAAAUACUUGUUAAUGGCAUAUCAUCUAAGAAAAAUAUAUUGAUAUGUGCUGUAUUUCCAGGAGAAAAAUGGCAACCUCCAAGGUAGGACACUAUUCAGUGCUUUCUUUAUCCUGACAAAACAAGAAGACACACUAUGUGAUGUACAUACAGUUAUGGAGAUCUGAUAGCACAGCAACUUGAAGAUACCUAGCUGGCAAAUUCUAAGCACUAAUCGUCAGCAUUGUGUGCUAUAUGUACCUUCUAUACAGUUCUCUUGGCACCUACAGCAUCUGUCUCCCUCUUCCCAUGUAAAGCACUAGUGAGAGUCUUUUCAGUCAAGAAAUUACUCUGCAAGUCUGCAAUGUUAUGUACUUUAACUGGCUCUGUUUGUACACAAAGAUUGUUUAACAAUGCUUUCUAUGUUCAUAUACUGUUUACCUUUUCCAUUGAGUCUUCUGGCAAAGAAUAAAGUUAUAUUUAUUUUA